GUGCCUUCACGUUUUCGGCGCGCGUUUGACACUCGACCUCCCGGAGAAACGCGAGAACCGGGGCGCGAGGAAGGGACGCGGACGCUCGGUAUCCCCGGCCGGUUUCCCCGGCUACCGUCGUGUUGAGCAGUCGCCGCUCCCCGCAGCUCGUGAGGGAGGCGCGGGGCUCAGUGUCUGCAGGCAGCCGACCGGCGAGCUCCAUCUUUGAGGCAGACGCGCAGGUGUGGCGUAAUGAGAGUUGAGGGGUGAAGCAGGCAGGUGUCCCAGUAGACCGUUGGCAGACGAGUGGGAAGCCCGACCAGGAUGCUGGAGGCAGAUGCAGACCCAGCAGCUGCAGCAGUCGAGGGGGGAGGAGAGGCAGAGAUGGGGAGCAGAGACCUGAACGCCGAGGUGAUGCGCCUGACUUUGGAGCUCCAGGAGGCCACGGAGGAGAAGCUACAGGCAGCGCGCUAUGGCCUGGUGGUGCUGGAGGAAAGUGCUGCUCUCAAGAGGAAACACACGCAGCUGGAAGAGGAGCAUGAGGCCCUCAAAGUGGAGCUACAGCAGCUCAAAGAGGCAUUCGCAGAUUCUGUGAGCAGUCAGAAGCGCGCAGCUGCAGAUGGAGAGUGCCGGGAGGAGAGCCUGCUGCAGGAGACGGCCACGAAGGAGGCUGCCAUGGCAACCCGCAUGGAGGAAGUUCAGGCAGAGCUCAAGCAGGCGCGCCUCGCUCUGAGCAACGCCCACGCAGAAAUCGACAGGCUCGGGGUGGUUUCCACCCAGCUCAAGAAGGAAUGUGAAUGUCUGGAGGCGGAGAAGGGCCAUCUGAGGGAUGAAAUGAAGGAGUAUAAAGUACGUGAGCUGCGCCAGUUACAGGACAACAGUGAGCUCGAAGAAGAAAACAUUUCUCUCCAAAAGCAGGUGUCUGUGCUCAAGGAAAAUCAGGUUGAGUUUGAAUCGAUAAAGCUGGAGUUGACCCACAAGAACGAGGAGCAGGACGAGCUGCGGGCGCAGCUGGACGAGGCGGCGAGGCUGAGGGAGAUCGCAGAGCGGCAGCUGGAUGAGGCCCUGGAAGCCCUGAAGGAGGAGAGGGAGCAGAAGAACAGUCUGCGGCGGGAGCUCUCCGCCUUGACCCUCAACCCCUUUGAUUCCGUGGGGAACCUGGAGCUCCACCUGGAUCAGCUGGAUGACAGCCAGGAGGAGGGCCGAGGCGGAGAGGGCGAAGGUGAGGAGGAGAACCAGGACAGUGGCUUCAAUAACGGUCCUGGGUCUGCCUCCAGUUCUGCUCACCCUCCUCACUUGGGAGGCUCCAAAAGCAACGGCCUCAUCCACCGCAACUCCACCCCUCGCAACAGCGACGUCUUCCUCCGUGCCCCGGCCUCCGGGCUGGUGUCCGACCUGCUGAGCGAGCUGCACUUCUCCGACAGCCAGAAGCUGAAGCAGCAGCUCCUGCAGGCGGAGCGGGAGAAGUCCAGCCUCACCAGCAAGGUGGAAGAACUGCAGAUGCAGCUGGUGAUGUCCAAACAGGCGCUGAGUCAGCAGGAAGACAAGGUGGGCUCGCUCACCCAGCAGCUGGAGGCGGUGCAGAGCAGCCAGCACCACAACCACGAGGCGGACGACAAGGGAGACGACGAGGCAGAAAACGGGGAGGGCGGCGACGGGGUCUUCGAUUACGAGGUCGACACGAAGAGCAAGGAGGUCCUGGAGGCGCGCAUGCGCUCCGCCAGCGAGGAGCUGAUGAAGCUCCGAGACGAGCUGUCUCAGGCCGGGACUCGCUACAACACCCUGGAGCAGAGGUACAAGAACGAGAAGGACCGCUGGAGGUUCGAGGCCCAGGAACUCGCCGACAAGAUCCGGCAGUGCAUCAAGUCCAGCAAGCAGGAUCAGGAGCGCAUCGGCGAGCUGGAGAAGGAGAUCGGCGCCACGCGGAAAGUGGCGAGCGACUCCGAAGGCCACCUGAGCGUCGCCCAGGAGGAGCUGCUGGCCUUCUCGGAGGAGCUCUCCAACCUCUACCACCACAUCUGCGUGUGCAACAACCUCACGCCCAAGCGGGUCACCCUCGACUACUACCGCGACGGCGCCAGGGCGAGCGGUGGAGCCGGCGGCGCGCGGAGGCCGCAUAACGUCUUUCCCCAGAAGAAGCCCCGCGCCAACGACAUGUUCAUCUCGAAGGCCGCAGCGUUGCAGUUCAUGGGGGAAGUGGACAGCGCCACGGCCAGCAUAGACUCUCCCAGCUGCCCCGGAUCCCCCACCUUGGAUUUCAGGGACCCCUCUAACGUCAGCAACCUGGUCGCCGUCAUCCGCUGCCAGAUCAAACACCUCCGGGUGGCGGUGGAUCUUUGUCGUCAGAGGGGUGCGAUGCCUUACACGGGCUUCAGCAGCAGUGGGGAGUCGGAGCGGGAUGCUGAGAGCCUCCUGGAGGAAGUCCUGAAGCUCAAGUCUCUCCUCAGCACCAAGAGAGAACAGAUCGCCACGCUCAGGACUGUCCUGAAGGCCAACAAGCAGACUGCGGAGUUGGCCUUGUCCAACCUGAAAACCAAGUAUGAGACGGAGAAGAGCAUGGUGUCAGAGACCAUGAUGAAGCUGCGAAAUGAGCUCAAGGCCCUGAAGGAGGACGCCGCCACCUUCUCCUCACUGCGAGUCAUGUUUGCCAGCCGGUGUGACCAGUAUGUCACGCAGCUGGACGAGAUGCAGCGGCAGCUCGCCGCCGCCGAGGACGAGAAGAAGACGCUGAAUUCCCUGCUCCGCAUGGCCAUCCAGCAGAAGCUGGCUCUCACGCAGCGUUUGGAGGACCUGGAGGCGCCUCUGUCCCCCCACAGCCUGAACAGCAGCCCCCGCCGCUCCCGGGCCAAAGAGCUGGCCACCAAGUCGGGCCGGGCGCCCCGGAGCCCGCGGAGCAGCCCGGCCCGCCCGCCGGCGAGGAGCAGCCCGCGGGCCAGCCCGGUCCUCGGCGGCAGCGUUCCCGUCAUGGCCACCCACCACCUGCGAGCGCUGACCCGGAGCCUGCACACCAGCCCCCGCUGAAACACUCCUUCCAUUACUCCAAAACCCUUCUUCUUCAUAAAGGACCUGUCUUCAUGUUGACUCCCUGGCUCUCUCCUCCUUAUCCCGACUCGAGACAUCCUCUCCAUCCCAGAUACGAUGCUACAUUCCCCACUCUACCCACCAGAACCAUGGAUUGGAAACAAAAAAAAAAGUAUUUAAAAAAAAAAGGAAAGAAAAGAAAAAACAGUCUAGAUAUCUCUCAUCCCAGCCGCUUGGUCUUCUCUGCUUGGAGUGGAGAAACCUGCAUGCAGCCUGGAGAGGGAUGAAGAGGCUAAUGUGCUGCUCAUUUAUUUGUGAAGUUCAUUGACUGUCUUGUCCAAAGUGGUUCCAACCUCCAUCUGGUCCUGUUCAAGGCUGCGUGUCGUGCUGAACCUCUGACAGUAUUUAUUCCAGACCGGGAGACUUUCCUCGUGCAGUUUCUACUGUCCUCACGGCUGCGACCUGUUCUCCGAAGGCUGUAUUGUCUUUGCUCUCUUUGCCUUUAGCCCGGCGUUGUCAGGCGUCUCUUUUAGUGUCGGUAAGCCAUUAGAUCAGCUGCGGUAGCUCUCCCAGGUUAGUCGGGUUUUGUAGAACAGCGCAGCCUCAACUAACGGAGCGGCUGUCUUUAACGUAGAGCUUGCAGUUGUCUUGAGAUUCCCUCCUGCGCCCUGCUGAUGCAGUUUUUAUCCUGUGAUAUCUCUGGUCGUUUGACGAGAGCCCGUCAGCCACACCCUUUAACUCGAGGCUGGUAAACACACCACUUCAGACGGAAGCAGGUCAGCCAUAAGUUCACCGCCUCGGGUCAGAAGAAGAAAAAAAAAAAAGAUGAUUGGGAGAUCUCCAAUGUGCAUCCUACUUUGCAAACUAUGCAGACCGAUCAGGACAGUGCCUGUACGAUUCCUGCUGUUCUUUGAGCUCAAAGUUUUCAAACUUUUGAGUUCACAGUGAGUGGCUGCAGAUAUUUUACAGUUUGGCACUUCUCAUACUCAGCAGCUUUUUUUGAAGUUAAUUUCAGAGUGCAAAGUGGCGCAGGCAGUGAGCGUAUCACUCUAAAACGGCUUGGUUCUCCUCUGGAAACAAAACAAAAAUGAAGUCACGCUCCAUGCUCAUUGCUUCUGACCGUUCCCGUUCCGCUUCGGCUCAGCAAGCAACAAUAAUCAUGUCUUGUGUAUUUUAUAUUUCUUUCCUGUCCCCAUGCUAAUCUGUUGUGCUUCCGGAGCGAGCGUAGUGUCACGUCACCCACAGCAAAUCGCGCUGCUUCUUCUGUGGCUCCAUUGUUUUCACCCGGAUUGCUAACCGAGGGCCUGCAGGUGCUGCUAGGGUUACUGCUCUUAGAAACUUGAAUUAAUAUUGACGCCCGUCAUUUUUAAAAGCAUUACACUGUAUGUUAGAGCUAGUGGCACAUCAUGGCACACAUUUAACAGUAAAGCGUUGUUUUAACCCAAAACCUGUUCUGUUCUAGUCAGAGCUCAUGGACCUGGACUGAAAAGACAUUUGAAAGAAACCUGUAGAUGCACUAAUUUUAAUUGAUACCCCAACAUGAAUUUGCUUUAAAAGUGUUUUGAUUCCAGGUCUGUGACUUCAGGACGGCGUUGUGUUUAACUUGUCCCUCACACAGCUUACAUUCAGAUUGGGUUUUACUUCAUUUUACAAACAGUUAUUUGUAAAAUGAGACAUAAAUGCACCUGUCUUUAGUCUCCGCUUCCAUGUCCAUGAAGCCUCAUCCUGCUGAUUUUUGUAUUUUUUUUUUUUCCUUUUAGUGCCUUGGUUUUGGUCACGUCUGUUUUUAGACAACAUCACGCUUUCUAAACGAAGGCUACCAUUCACCACAAUAGCUGUGAUUUAGUUUCUCGAUGAUGGUGUGUUUGAACUGCUUUUGAAGCCGCUCACUGAGCAGCGUUGGCACUGAAUACAGUGGUAUCUCAUUCUGCUGAAGUAUUCUCACUAUUUAGCUGCGAUGUUCUGCUAAAGAUUCAUUGAAGGAUUUGACGAUAAGCUGCCUCAGUGUUCGCCGUCUGAUUCAGAAGAAGUUACUGUUGAAGGUAAUUGAGGAAUAAGGAUCAUGUGUUCACACACUCAGUUAAAAAGUGAGGAUGCUUUAACACGAUGCUGUAUCACGACGAAGGAUGUAAAUGGAUUUUAUUAAUCUAUUUAAUUCACUCUGUGCAGAUGUGUGCAUAUAAUUUAAUUCCCAUUGUUGUACAAUAUUUUAACUGUAUUUAUGUGGUCUGCAUUCUGUGUAAAUUGCUCCAGAAGACAACGUGCACACACUCCGCAUUUGAUGCUCCUCAACUUUUAAUGUGUAUGCAAGUUGACCUUCCACUGACCUGUGAUCCACUUUUGUCAUGAAGAAUAAAAAAACAAGCCAACACUGUA